GUUUCACCUUUUAGCCACUUGUGAUUUUGUCAGACGUCCGUUGAUUGUCGCUUAUUUAUUUUGAUGGGUUAAAAUGUCACGCAAGUUGAAGUUUGUUUUGCAGACAAAAAAUUGUGGAUUGGGCAUUGUGGCAGAUGAAGAUAUUAACCAAGGAGAGUUUGUGAUAGAGUAUGUUGGAGAAGUUAUUGAUGAUAAAACAUGUGAGGAAAGACUUUGGAAAAUGAAACAUUGUGGGGAAACAAAUUUUUACCUAUGCGAAAUCAAUCGAGACAUGGUGAUUGAUGCCACUUACAAGGGAAACAAGUCAAGAUACAUAAAUCAUAGUUGCUGUCCAAAUACUGAGAUGCAGAAAUGGACAAUUGAUGGCGAAACAAGGAUCGGAAUAUUUGCAACUCGCGAUAUUAGAAAGGGCGAGCAUCUGACCUAUGAUUAUCAGUUUGUUCAAUUUGGUGCCGAUCAAGAAUGUUACUGCGGCGCUGCAGGCUGCAGGCAAAAGCUGGGAGUUAAACCCAGUAAACUGAAAGUGCCUUCAGAUGCUGCAUUGAAAAUAGUGGCAUGUCAGGUGUCUGCUAGCACUUCCAAAAUGAAAGCAAUUCUACCUAACGAACUUAACUAUCCAAAUGGAGUUCCUGGUGUAGGGGGACCAAGGCAUGAUCCUUCUAUGAGAAGAAAGAUUCCUAGUAAUUGCAUCGGUUCUGUCAUAAGAAUAUCUCGCUCUUUCGAUAAUAGCUUCUUCGGGAUAAUAAGACGGUUUGAUAGCAACACAAGAAAACAUGCGAUCAUGUUUGAAGAUGGAAACUCAGAGUUUAUGGACUUGUCGAAAGAAGAAUGGGAAUUUUGUAUCUGUUGAUUGUAAUGAAACAUACAACAAUCAAGAAAAAGAGAUGUGGGAGUUGAUCAAUUUUUUAUGUUGCAAGUACCCAGAAUCAGGAUGAAUGUAAGGACUAAACCCCCAUUUGAAGGUUAUAUUGGUCCAACUUCUGAUUUAAUCAGCAUUUGUUGUACCAAUGUGCCGAGUCGUCAACUAAUUUUGGAGAAUAAGUUCACUCGAGAUGUUUCAUUUUAAGAUAGCAAUCUUCUGUAGGUUAUUCACUUUUAACUUUAUCAGUUUUGGCGUAUAAAUGUUCAAAAAUAAUAGCUAAGCAUCUGUGUAAUUGAAGCAAGUAGAAUCAGAAAUAGUAUUGUUGAGAGUUUGGAGUUCACUUGAUGAGAUGAAGAUGAUCCUUUUGGUUCUGCUUUA